AUGGGGACAAAAGCACAGCAAACGGUUUGUGCCAAAUGCAAGAAAACAAAGGCCAUUGUAACAUGUAAAGGAUGUUCAACAGAUUUUUGCGUCGAUCAUUCCAAUGAACAUCAUAAUGAAUUAAGCGAACAAUUAAGUAAAGCUGAAAAUCAAUUCAAUCAGUUCAAAUCCGAAAUCGAAGUACAAAAAGCUAAGCCACAAAUCCAUGAAUUAAUGAAACAAAUCGAUCAAUGGGAGUACGAAUCGACCAAAAAGAUUCGGCAAGUGGCUGAUGAAGUUCGUCAUAAACUAUCAUCUUAUAUCAAUACAUUUGUCAGCGAUCAAGAUAUUAAAUUGAAGCAACUGAGCGAAAAAAUCAUUCAAUAUCGCAAGGAUAAUGACUUCGCCGAACCAGAUAUUCAAUUUUUUAAUGAAAAACUUAAAGAUUAA